AAUUUGUUAGUGGAUUCAAUAAUAGUGCUUUAUUGGAUUUGCAAUUAUAUGAAGCAGGUGGCGGUACUUACUCUAAUAAUAGUUGCGGUGCUCAUUUAGUUAAAUGUGAAGCAGACAGUAUUUAUUUUGAUAAUAGUUGCAGUACUCCUUUAGUUGAAUGUGAGGCAGGUAGUACUUACUCUGAUGGUGGUACUUACUCUGAUGGUGCUCUUUUAGUUGAUAAUAAUAGCGGCUUUUACUUUGGUUUUAAUGAUAAUGUUUCCUUUAAUGCUGAUUACGAUCUUGAUGGUUAUUUUAAUAAUGCUAAUAAUAACACUGGUGCUCCUUUAGUUGAUAAUAAUGAUGGCUCUUAA